CUUGAUUGUAGCGCUCAUGUCCAAUCUAAAUGAUGCUCCUUGCGACUGAGUUUAAUACAAUAUACUUCUCGGAUAUACUUCUCGGACAGGGCCAAUUACUUAUUAAAUCCAGCGCGUACCCACUUCUACGCUCGAGAUAUAUAUUGUUCUCACCAUGUCAUCUCGAGCCGCCAUCAGCCUCAUACAGUCAAAGUCAUCAGCGGAGACCCUGUUACUACGAUGCCAUGUCCGGCCCGGCGCUAGCAAAGCACGCGAAGGUGUCGUCGCCAUCACUGACGAGGUUAUCGAGCUUUGCGUAUCCGCGCCACCACAGGACGGCAAGGCUAAUAAAGCCGUCUUGGCAGUUCUUAGUGAGGCCUUAGAUAUGCCAAAGUCUGACUUGCAAAUCACACAUGGGUUGAAGUCCCGGGAUAAAACGGUCAGCGUGUUGAGCGGCUCAUUGGGUGAAAAAUGGCUGCGGGACGCGACAGACAUUAUAAAAUCUGUAAGAGAGAAGCUAGAUUCCGCGGCCUCCUCUCGUAACGACAAGUAACUCAAAAUUCUGCAACAUGUUCAUUGGAACUGCAAUAUGGAAAGAUCUAGCAAACAGAACACUGUUAGUCCUGAGUAUCCUGAAGCUGGAAUACGACACAUCAUCUGCGGGAAAUCCCAAAAUAUCAGGAAUGAUAGAACAAUGGUGAUAGACUAAUCAUGCUCGUAAAGAGUCAUAAACAGCCUCUAAGGAAUCUCAUCAUAGAAAGGGAGAGCUAAACAAAAAAAAAAUUGGGUGUGUCCCAAAUUUCACUUACAACUCCAGAUCUGUGCCCGACGCCUCAUAUAAGGAGAAGAGACACAUUUAUAUCAGCUGACAAAGGAAUAUUUGGUAGGUUACACGGCACAUUGUAUAGCAUAUGUACAGGUAUGAGCCGGUUGGGUAUUCAGGAGUUUAGUUUGCUAGCGCCGAGACGGGUUUGAUAUCGACACCAUAUUUCUCCUUUAGCCUCUCUCGUCUUCGUUCUUCGUAACCCGGCGGUUCAAUUCCUAGAUAGAGAGGUCAGCAGAGCGAAAAGUGCGCGUGGUUAGUCAAAAAUGCUUCACUGGGAGGUA